GAUAACAAUUUAAUGUGUAUCUUUCAUAUAUUAGUUAGAACUGGGCAAGUAGAUUAGCGAGUACAUAUUACUUCCGAUCUUGUUGACUUUUGACUUGCGUAUUGCCAAUGGCCUUGUGAUUUGUAAAUAAUGUAGCUCACUUUGAUAAUAAAAGCAAAACAGUAUCAACGCGAUCUUGUUGGGAACGCUUGUGUUUUGGCGCAUUAUCUCCGUGCUUAAUUAUUAUUAUAAAACAACUAUCGGUACUUUUACUACUGUUAGGCCUCUUCCAUCCAAUUCAAGAUGUCGUUUUAAAGAAGAGAACAAUAGAUUUGACUGACGAAAUUAUGAAGACUUAGGUAAUAUGGCACUAAAGACUGAGGAAGGAAUUAGUGUACGAGUCUAUACGUUUGUUGAUGACAAAGAUAAAACGCCAGAAAUAAAUUGGUGGCAAAAGUUCUGUUUGCGAUGUCACCAACCGGAAACGACGCCAUCUUCGGAGCCAUUGUGGUGGGGAAACGUGUUUCCAUUUCCCAUAUUCCCAACAUUUCGGCAAACAGCACAGCAGAUAUGCAUUAUAGUUUUCUUCUUGUUCAUAUGGGGAAUUCUGUUUGCGGAAAUAGGAGAACCUGUAAGCCUAAACGGUGAAUUGCUUAGUAUGACAUUACUGGUCAUUGCAUCGUACUUAGUUGGAUGGAUCUGGUUAAAAGUAACAACGCUACCAGCACUUAUAGGCAUGCUGCUUACCGGAAUAUUAUUCCAAAAUUUACAUUUGGUUCACAUGACGGAUACUUAUCGACAACUUAAUCAGGAUCUUAGGAAAAUAGCCCUUGUGAUAAUUUUAAUGCGAGCUGGCUUAGGUCUCAAUGCCGAUGUUUUAAAAAAACAUUAUAUAGCAGUACUUCAAUUAGGCCUUCUGCCGUGGCUCGUCGAAUGUAUUGCGAUAGCUGUCAUGUCGCAUUAUCUACUAAGUUUACCUUGGAUAUGGGGAUUCCUGCUAGGUUCAAUGAUUGCGUCCGUGUCACCAGCGGUGGUAGUGCCAUGUCUAUUCCGUUUACGUGAAGUUGGUUACGGAGUGGCAAAAGGCAUACCCACUUUACUAUUAGCUGCUGCCUCCAUUGAUGAUUCAGUCAGUGUGGCUGUUUUUGCUAUCAUACUAAAUGCCAUGUUCUCUUCUGGAUCGACGACUUUCAAUAUUAUUAAGGGUCCUUUAUCAAUAGUAGCUGGUAUACUCCUAGGCGGGGUAUGGGGCUAUGUGACCUCCGUGAUCCCAGAAAAAGGGGACAAAUACGUGGUUGUCUUACGGUUCUUGGCUUUAUUUUUGGGAGGUUUAUUCGCAUUAUUCAUUUCGAGUCUCAUUGGAUGGAGUGGGGCUGGUCCUCUAGCAAUCGUUUCGUCGGGUUUCAUGGCCGCAUACUUUUGGGAGAAACAAGGCUGGCCAGUUAAUAAUAACCCAGUUAGCAAUUUGUUUAGAAUUCUGUGGAGUUUUUUCGAACCAAUACUAUUUGCGUUUACCGGAGCUCAAGUAACGCUUAGUGCAUUAGACCCAGAUGUUAUAUCGAUGGGAGCUAUCUGUCUUUUCUCCUGUCUAGCGUUACGUGUAAUUGCGACAUUCCUAAUAAGCUUCGGCUGUGGACUUAAUUCAAAGGAAAAACUGUUUAUUGGACUAACUUGGAUGGCUAAAGCUACCGUUCAGGCAGCCCUAGGUCCAGCGGCCUUAGACUUAGUAAAAAGCGGUAAAUCGGCCGGCGACACACACGCCAAUGAAGAAAUAUAUGCGAAAACGAUACUUGCUAUGAGCGUGCUUAGUGUGGUCAUAUCCGCACCGGCUGGUGCAAUAUUUAUAGCACUAACUGGGCCUAGGUUACUUAGUAAAGAAUCACAACCAAAAACAAUAGACACCGUCGAAAGUAUUGAAACAAUUGUUCAAGAAAAUGGAAUGUCAACAGAUUUAUGACGAAUGCGAAAGUUUUAAAAAUCGAUUGCGUGUUAAAUAUAUGUAUAUACAAAGAAA